AUGGCACCUCUAUCAGCAUCAUUCACCAAGAUUGGCGCCCUUUAUGGAGCUGCGGGCGUGAUGUUAGGAGCUUUUGGCGCACAUGGAUUGCAGACGAGAACAACUGAGGCUAAGUUGAUCAAGAACUGGGAAACCGCCUCGCACUACCUCCUCGCCCACGGCAUCGCCCUCGUCGCCAUCUCCACUCACCCCCGCUUCACCCGCUCCUACGCCCCGCCUCUCAUCGCCCUCGGCACCGCAAUGUUCUCUGGUUCAAUUUACGGACUCGUCAUGGCGAGACUCAGGGGAGUCGAGGGUGCAGGGCAGGUGUUGGGGCCUAUUACGCCGCUUGGGGGGACGUUGAUUAUCGCGGGGUGGGUUAGUUUGUUGUUGGCGCCGUAG